ACCUGAAGUUUGGAUAACCCCGCGAAGAGAAAGAGCCCUCGAAGGCAAUGCUGUCCCUCGCGCUCUUCUCCUCUACUGCUCCGAUCUCCGGUGAUCUCCGGCGUCUCUCAUCUAGGGUUUCGCUUUAUCCUCCCCUCUGGAUCCGACCUCCUCCUCGGCAUUUCAGGGGAUCACCAUCCCACCGCACCAUAGUCGCCGGACAGCAAUCGUCAGCAGCUGCCUCAGGAGAUGACUUUAUUUCUAGGGUUUUGAAGGAGAACCCUAGCCAGGUCGAGCCUAAGUUCCUCGUCGGCGACCGGCUUCUCACUCUCAGGGAGAAGCAGCAGCGAUCUAGCCGAUCCAAACUUCUCCAGCUCGUGAAGCGGAUAUAUAGGGAUGCAAAGGGCGAGGGACGGGAGGGUUCCCGUGAGGUGUUGAACCGGCCGGUGUAUCUUAAGGAUCUUUUGAGGGAGUACAAGGGAAAACUCUAUGUUCCCGAAGAGGUCUUCAGGGAGAGCUUGUCUGAAGAGGAGGAAUUUGAGAAGAACUUGGAGGAGCUGCCGGUCAUGAGCUUUGAGGAUUUCCAGAAGCAUCUUAAGGCUGAUAAGGUGAAGCUCUUGACGUCAAGAUCGGUGGCUGAUGAGUUUAAGGAUUUUGUGGUGGAUUUGAAGGAGAUACCGGGGGAUAAGAAUUUACAGAAGACGAAAUGGACAAUAAAGUUGAGUGCAAACCAAGUGCGGGAAGUCAUGGCGGAGUACAAGGGACCACAGUAUGAGAUUGAGAAGCACACAACUUCAUAUGUGGGGAAACUCCCAGAGUACCCUCACCCUGUGGCUUCUUCCAUAUCUAGCAGAAUGAUGGUUGAGCUUGGGAUGGUGACUGCUUUGAUAGCCGCUGCAGCAGCUGUAAUUGCUGGGUUUGUGGCAUCUGCAGCUUUUGCUGCCACUAGUUUUCUGUAUGCUGCUGCAGUAUAUGUUGUGUGGCCUCUUGUGAGACCUUUUGUGAAGCUGGUGCUUGGCAUAGUUUUGAAAAUAUUGGAUAGAAUUUGGGAGAAUUUCAUUGAUAUAUUCAGUGAUGGAGGUUUCUUCUCAAGAAUGUAUGAGUUUUACACUUUUGGCGGUGUUUCUGCCAGCCUUGAGAUGAUGAAACCUAUCAUGCUAGUUGGUUUGACUAUGGUCCUUCUUGUUCGAUUUACUCUAUCCAGGAGGCCAAAAAACUUCAGGAAAUGGGAUAUUUGGCAAGGGAUAGAAUUUGGACAGUCCAAACCACAGGCCCGAGUUGAUGGUUCCACAGGAGUUAAAUUUAGUGAUGUAGCGGGGAUUGAUGAAGCAGUGGAGGAACUCCAAGAGCUGGUUAGGUAUCUGAAGAAUCCAGAAUUGUUUGAUAAAAUGGGAAUAAAGCCUCCUCAUGGUGUCCUUCUGGAGGGUCCUCCUGGAUGUGGAAAGACUCUGGUUGCCAAAGCAAUUGCCGGUGAAGCUGGUGUGCCAUUUUAUCAAAUGGCAGGUUCUGAAUUUGUUGAAGUUCUGGUUGGUGUUGGUUCUGCCAGAAUACGAGAUUUAUUCAAAAGGGCAAAGGUAAAUAAACCUUCAGUGGUCUUUAUUGAUGAAAUUGAUGCAUUGGCAACUAGGCGUCAAGGGAUCUUUAGUGAAUCUACCAACUAUCUUUAUAAUGCUGCAACUCAAGAGAGGGAGACCACACUCAACCAGCUCUUGAUAGAGCUUGAUGGGUUUGAUACUGGAAAAGGUGUCAUAUUCUUGGGUGCUACCAAUCGCAUGGAUUUGUUAGAUCCUGCACUUCUUCGACCUGGUCGAUUUGACCGUAAGAUACGAAUACGCCCUCCUGCGGCGAAAGGACGAUUGGACAUUUUGAAAGUUCAUGCUCGCAAAGUUAAAAUGUCACCAUCCGUUGAUCUCUCAACCUAUGCUCAAAAUUUACCAGGGUGGACAGGAGCUAAGUUGGCCCAACUUACACAAGAGGCUGCACUGGUGGCAGUCAGGAACGGACAUGAGUCCAUUCUUCAAUCUGACAUGGACGAUGCAGUCGAUCGUCUAACAGUAGGACCAAAGCGUGUGGGAAUUGAAUUGGGACAUCAAGGGCAGUGUAGAAGGGCCGUCACAGAGGUUGGCAUUGCAAUAACAUCUCAUCUAUUGAGACGGUAUGAAAAUGCAAAAGUAGAAUUCUGCGAACGUAUUUCUAUCAUUCCUCGUGGCCAGUCACUCUCUCAAAUUGUAUUUCAUCAUCUCGAUGAAGAAUCUUAUAUGUUUGAAAGGAAACCUCAGUUGCUACAUCGUCUUCAGGUUCUUCUGGGAGGGAGAGCUGCUGAGGAAGUAAUAUAUGGCCGGGAUACAUCUAGAGCUUCAGUGAAGUAUCUUGAAGAUGCCACUUGCCUUGCUCGUAAAAUUUUAACCAUUUGGAAUUUGGAAAAUCCUAUAACAAUUCAUGGAGAACCCUUCCCCUGGAGAAAAAAAGUUAGCUUUGUUGGUCCAAGGUUGGAUUUUGAAGGAUCUCUUUAUGAUGACUACGGUCUAAUUGAACCUCCAAUCAACUUUGAGUUGGAUGAUCGAGUUGCUCGAAAAACUGAACAACUUUUGCAUGACAUGUAUGAGAAAACACGCACGCUAUUGAGCAACCACUUCGCCGCACUUCUGAAAACAGUAAAGGUUCUUUUGGAUAACAAGGAGAUAAGUGGAGACCAAAUUGAAUUCAUUAUUGAUAGUUAUCCUGCAGAAACUCCGGUAAAGCUUGUUUUAGAGGAGAAAAAUCCAGGCAGCCUUCCAGACUUCCAUGUGGAACGUGAGCAUAAUGAGAGGUUGUUAUCCUCUUUGACGCCACAGACACAGGCUCUAUAGUCAUCAUGGUUGAUUUUGUAUAUGGACCCAUGCAAGUUAAAUUACCUGUGGGUUCAUAUGGGGACUAGGACGUUUUGUAUUAUUAGUGGAUCAAUUUUGGGUGCAUGGUGCUGUUAUGUAACAUGGACGUUUGUGAUUCUUGACGUAGCUUUGCUCUGCCUGCGCAUUGAGUUCUUGGGUCACUGUUUAGACCUUGUUGUGGUUAGUAAAUUGGUUGCUAAGUAGGAUUUAUUUUA